UUGACAGCCGCCUCUCAGCUGGUUUGGCUCCGUGGAAGUUGAGCCACAGCGGACCGUCUGGAGCGAGCGCGGCGCGGCGUGGAUUUCCCGGAGCUCCGCUGAAUGCGAGGCGAAUCUGGCCCAGGAAAGUUCUGCGUUCAUCCGAGAAGGUCCACCAUGCUGAGCAGAGGAUGAAUUCUCCAGGUGUGACACGCCUCCAGGUCUCUGCUGCGUCAGGCCCCCCCCGGGGCUCCCUCCGCCCUGACCCGCCGUCCAGCCCCCCCCCAGUAGGGAGGUAAAUAUGCCUGGAUGGAGGUCUCAGGGGCGCCUCAUCCUGCUCAACUCCCUGACCUGUGGGCUGGAGAUCUGCGUGGCCGCCGGCAUCACCUACGUCCCCCCGCUGCUGCUGGAGGCCGGCGUGGAGGAGCGCUACAUGACCAUGGUGCUAGGUAUCGGUCCGGUCCUCGGCCUGCUCUUCAUCCCCCUGAUCGGUUCGGCCAGCGAUCAGUGCAACAGCGCCUACGGCCGAAGACGGCCCUUCAUCUGGCUGCUGUCUCUGGGAGUCCUCCUGGCACUUUUCAUCAUCCCCAACGCUGAUCUGCUGGCAGCUCGUCUUUCUUGGGGCGACCGCACCCUGCAGGUGGGCUUCCUGAUUCUGGGCGUGGGGCUGCUGGACUUCUGUGGCCAGGUGUGUUUCACGCCGCUGGAGGCUCUGCUGUCGGACCUGUACCGGGAGGAGGAAGACUGCGGCCAGGCCUUCGCCAUGUUCUCCUUCAUGGUCAGCGUGGGCGGCUGCGUGGGCUACCUGCUGCCUGCGGUGGACUGGAGCCGCAGCCCGCUCGCCGUUUACCUGGGAGGCCAGGCCGAGUGCCUCUUCUCGCUCCUCGUCCUCAUCUUCGUCACCAGCGUCAUCAUCACCAUGAAGGUGUCCGAGGAGCCGCCGUGCGCCGCCGUCCGGUCCGUGCCGGAGCCGGGCGCCGCGGAGGCCGGCCGCUGCGGACCUCCUCGCUCCUGCUUCUACCUGCUCAGGUGCCAGCUGCGGCUGCUGAAGGCGGGCGGCGUGCUGCGGCUGCUGAGGAGCUGCUGCGGCGUGACGCCGGCGCUCUGCAGCAGCUACUGCGGCGUGCCGCGCGUGGUCAGGCGGCUCUGCGCCGCCCAGCUCUGCAGCUGGAUGGCCGUCAUGUCCUUCAUGCUCUUCUACACCGACUUCGUGGGAGAGGGGCUGUACGGCGGCGUGCCCAGCGCUGCGCCUGGCAGCGCGUCCAGGCAGAGAUACGAUGAAGGGAUCCGUAUGGGCAGCCUGGGGCUGUUCCUGCAGUGCGCUACCUCCACCGUCUCCUCUCUGCUCAUGAGUCGGCUGGUGACCCGGUUCGGGUCGAGGCGGGUCUACCUGAGCAGCAUGGUGAGCUUCACGCUCUCCGCUCUGGUCAUCUGCCUGUCCAGCAGCGUGGUUCUGGUCACGGCCAUGGCGGCGCUGACGGGCUUCGCGUACGCCACGCUGCAGACGCUGCCUUACACGCUCACCUGCCACUACCACAAGGAGAAGGAGGUCUACAUGCCAAAGAGGACGGCCAGAAGCACGCACGCCAACGGCACAACCAUACUGCGCCAUUCUGUUUACCUGGGCCACCAGGAAGACGGCCUGCAGCCGGCCCCCUACAGCGCCCCCCCCCUCAGCUAUCAAUACUUCCCCGUCCAGAGCGGGCCGCCCGGCCGCGGCGGCGGAGCCGAGCAGGAGGGGGCGGAGCCGGGGUACGAGAGCCGCGGCGUGGGCCUGGACUUCGCCAUCCUGGACAGCACCUUCCUGCUGUCUCAGGUCAUCCCCACGCUCUUCAUGGGCGCCAUCGUCCAGUUCGCUCAGUCUGUCACCGCCUACAUCGCCUGCUCGGCCAUCUUUGGAGGCGUGGCCAUCUACCUGGCCUCCAGCAUCGUCUUCGACCAGAAGGACCUCAGACGCUGAGGAGGAAGUCCUCCACGCUUUAUUCAGGUUCCUCCAGGAGUUCCUGGGGAGGGAGGUCCACCUGUUGGCCAGGUGUGACUGGAAGCCUUUUAGAAACUCUCUGUCCUCGUUUGCCCUCAGGUACCAGAACCCGACCUACUGUAGAACCCAGCAGCCUCGUUUAAAAGCUGCUGUUUCAUGUUCUCAAUGUUCCCCACGAUCUAAAACCAGCCUCCAUGUUGGCUGGUUCUGAUCGCUUCCUGGAACCAACCCGGUCCUGUUCUGACCAGAACCCACAGAUGGUUCUGUUCAGGCCUCAUAGCAGGGUUCUACCCACCAGGCUCUCUGCUCUCCAUGAUGAGUGACCUGAGCUUAUUUAGGAGAACCCACAGCAGGAGAACCCACAGCAGGAGAACCCACAGCAGGAGAACCCACAGCAGGAGAACCCACAGCAGCGCCGCACCCGGCUGCCCUGCUAACGUUUUCCCUCGUUGGUUUUAACGGUUUCACUUCAUCAAACAAAUGUUAAUAUCAGAUAAAGUUAACUCAGGAUUCAUUCAUUAAGUGAAACAUCUGCUGAAAAGUAUUCACGCCCUGAAGCUAACGGCCACCAGGCUUCCUGAUACCUGCUACCUGAUACCUGAUACCUGAUACCUGCGUCUGGGUCGUUACUGUCACUCUGACCCAGGCUGCUCUACUCAGUUUAAUUAAAGCUUUCCCAACAGAGAUGGCCUGUUUUCAGAUUUAAGUCUAGACUUUGACUAGGCCACUUUUUAGCUGUUCAGAGGUGGACCUGCUGUGUUUUGGAUCAGUGUUCUCCAGCAGAACCCAGCGGUUGUUGAGCUGAAGCUCCCGGCUGAUGGUUGGACUCUGUAGCUUUGAUGUUCUGGUUCUGACUGUCAGUUUGGCUCCAGCGGCACACAUAGGUUCUAAAGAGGUAAUAUUUGGCCUCAGGGAUGGUUCCACAACCUUCUCCAGACUGAUUCUUUAAUGUUUUACUUCGUGUUGUCAGACCGGUUCUGUCUUCAGGAUCUUUUUAGGUCUGUCUGUAGGGUUUGGGCAGAUAAAACUGAAAAAUGUGUCUAAUUGAUGCUGUAACCAGGUAGGAGCCUUCAGGAAGGAAUUCAUGAUUUAAACGCUGCAUUUCACCUCCUCAGGUU